AUUUUACACGCUCUUGUUUGAGGGGCAUAUCUGCUUGAAGUGAAAUUGAAACUUUCUCGAUAUGAUUUAUAAGUUCUAUGAUAAGUAUGCGUUCAAUAUUUAACGUUUUGUAUAUUUUCUGAAAUGAUUGGGGUGGCAAGUAUAAUUUUACUCGAAUAAUAUACGCGAUGUGUUAGUGUUACGCUUUUUCAGAGACGUUCAGAAAGUACACGACGGUUUGUUGAAUUGUGACGACAAAAUGCCCUGUAUAUAGACAAAACAGUCAAAAAUGAUUGAUCAUUGAUAACGUUGCCGCAGUUAUAAGCAAUAUACGAUAAUGGCAAAUAAAGUUUGCAACGCCGCUGUAAUUCUUGCAGUGAUUUCAAUAUGUAUUUGUAUCCAAGAAGUAAACGCCAGAGCGAGAUUCUCUAAAACCUCAGAAGUCAAACAAGUUUCUACAAAAUUGAAUACAUUAAAUGAAAACGAAAAAAGUUCCAUUGGAGGAUACAAUGUGAUAAUACGACAAAGUAAAACUCUAUCGAAGCGCCGAGAUCGCCAAAAUAAGGCAAAGACAAGAAGACAUGCCAGAUCUAUAAAUAGAAAAUUUAUUUCGCAACCCGAAGUAAGCGAUAUGUCAAGAGAAGAGAAAAGAUAUAGGACAAUAGAAGCAGCUCCACAAUUUUCUGAGAACGUUCCGCUCGAAAUUAUAGCGCAAUUUGGUGGGAAUGUCCCACCGGAGAUAGCUGAACAAUAUAGCGCCUGGACAACGCGACAAAGUGAUGUAAAUAUCCAGUCAAAUAGAGACUACAGCGAAAUUACGUCCGAAAUCGUCACUGAAUAUAGUGGCGAUGUGCAACAAAAAGAGGCUACUGAAGUCCUUGUGCCUCUCCCUGGAACACCAGUUCAGGCAGGUAUAGAAAUCCGAGCACCAGGCUUUAUCUCCACACAGCAAGUUUCAGAUUUACCGCAAGUUUCGUUUGGAGAAUUCAACUACAACUACGACUUGAAGCCUCCUUCUGUUUGCGUUCACCAAGAUAACGACACAGCUUCCGACGGAGAUGAAGAAGUAGAAAAAACAACUGCCGCGCCCAGACCACCGGCUCCUCCGAGUCCGCAUAUACCCCUUACUUCUCAUCAAAAAGAGUCACUUCUGAGAGAACAUAAUAAAUACAGAGCAAGUCUUGUUCCUAAUGCCGCUGAUAUGCGACUAUUGUCUUGGGAUGACGAAUUAGCUUGGGUAUCAGAAUUGUUUACGAAUUCGUGUUACUUUCAUGACAUAGUUGAGCCCCCGCUGUCGAACGCUAAUGACACACGGUUUCUUUCAACAGUCCAGCUGAGGCGUCACUCAUAUAUCACGUCUGAGAUUGGUUACACUUGGUUUGCGUGGCCAAACACAUACGAUAUUCCUGAAGAUUUUGCAGCUGCAUCACUUGCUGCUUGGGUGUCAGAAAGAGAUUUUUACAAUAGCCAUACGAAAGUAUGCGACGGGAUAUGUGAGCACUAUUUACAGAUUAUAUGGGCGGAAACUUUCAAAUUGGGAUGUGGUGCAUCUUGGUGUGAAGAGCCGCGUAUUAAUGGCAUCAUCUGGCCUCAAGCAAUAAUGUUAGUUUGUUCCUACACUCCGCGAGGGGCAUUGGCAAAUUACAUGGCGUCUAACAGUGGUUUCAAAUAUUUCGAUCCCAAAUUAUUUGUAGAACCUUAUAUUCCGGGUAGACCAUGUUCUUUGUGUGUGCUUGACCCUCAGGAUCCAAACCAAAACGUCGACGACAUGAGAUCGACUACAGAUAAGUGUUGGAACGGCCUUUGCACAAACCCAGUGCGAGAUAAACUCAUACCAUUCGUUCCUCCAGCAAGAACAACAACACAAAUGUGGAUUCAAACGCCAGCACCAACAACAUCAUCUCCAGUUAAGAAAUCAACAACAGAUAUUAUUGAAAUUCAAAUGAACGAUGAUGAUGAUAUUGUUGUAACCGAAGAUGGUUCACCAACUCUCUGUGUUAGUUUUAUUCUAAUUUGUAUUUCAUAUGCAUUUUUCUUGUAUGAGACAUUUUCAUAGCGUACAAAGUUCGGACAUUGACAAAUAAAAGAAAGCACCAAUCGAGGUCCAAUGUUUGACAAAAU